CUGAAUACUCGAACCAUGGGUGACGAUGGUCCUAGAGGAAUCCAAAUUUUCCCUGAUCAUUUUAAGGCUUCAGCUUCUGGUAUGGGGACACCUGAAACAAGUAGUUCAUCCAGCUCCUAUACCACUAAUGAAUUUGAGCAUAGUUCCGGCAGCCAUUUGUGGGCUAAAAGAAGGUUAAGAAGUGCUGCAUCCAUAUUGAACUUGCUUAGUCCACGGAGGCUAUCUUGGGGAAAUGACACAAAUGGGCAAGAAAAGGUUGUAUUAUCAUCUAGAGAAGUAAAAUCUCUUCAAUCUGAGCUUGCUGAGUUAGAAGAGAGAGAAGCUCACUUGAGAGCCCAGUUGGAACAUAUUGAUGAGGUUCUGCGCACUUGCCAUCUUUCAGGCUACUUGCACAUGAGAACGAGAUGGGCAGCAUUACCUGGAGAACCUCUUCCUCUUGAUGACACUGAAAUUGAUGACUGGCUUCCACGUUUUGUUGUUCUUCAUGGUCCUUGCUUCUUCUUAUAUUUUCUGUCCACAGAUUUAAGCCCUCAAGACUCCACCCUCUUAUCUGAUGUCGUUGAAGUAGGUCCUAUGCCAUGUGCUUCUAAAGAAGAUGGGGAAACUCUGCACUAUUUUUAUAUUUUAACGCGCUAUGGACUUAGAUAUGAGUGUUCAAGCACUUCUAAAAUCCAGGUAGAUAAUUGGUUGACAGCGUUACAAGACAAAUGCGAAUUGGAGGAGAAGAAGAUGACUACUCAAAUCUUCAGAUCGGCUUCACGCGCCGCCCGCUCUUUCAUUUCUAAGCACAAUAAUCCUCGUCUGUUCUCCUCCGGACGAGCUGUUGCUGCUGCAGCAGCAGUUUCAUCCAAAGGAGUGCUGCCGGCACUAGCUUCUUUUGGGCGAGAUAAUUCUGGAAACACUUCUAGCUCAUGGAUUGCUGGAGCAUUUGCCCUUCCUGCUGCAGCCUACAUGCUUCAGGACCAAGAGGCACAUGCAGCAGGGAUGGAGCGCACUUUCAUUGCUAUCAAGCCAGAUGGUGUGCAAAGAGGGCUGAUAUCAGAGAUUAUAGCUCGCUUUGAACGUAAAGGCUUCAAGCUUGUAGCCAUCAAGCUUAUCACCCCUACAAAGUCCUUCGCCCAACAACAUUACCAUGAUCUCAAGGAAAGACCCUUUUUUGAUGGCCUUUGUGACUUCCUUAGCUCUGGCCCUGUUCUAGCCAUGGUUUGGGAAGGAGAAGGUGUUAUUAAAUAUGGCCGUAAACUAAUUGGAGCCACGGAUCCACAAAAAUCUGAGCCAGGAACCAUCAGGGGUGAUUUGGCUGUUGUUGUUGGAAGGAAUAUCAUCCAUGGAAGUGAUGGCCCAGAAACCGCCAAGGAUGAAAUCAACCUAUGGUUCAAGCCAGAGGAGGUGACGAGUUACACAAGCAAUCAAGAAAAGUGGGUCUACGGAAACAACUAAUGCCUUCCAUUUUUGCUUCUUCAGUGCCUUCUUAGGCAAAUUAAUUUCUCGGCUCCAAGAAUAAAACCAAAGAAUAAAAUUGCUGUAUUUCUAUUUUCUAAUUUAUAAAUGAGCAGAACGGUAUCAGUUUUGUGAACUUAAAAAGUUCUUAUAGACCAUCUUUUUAGCUAAAGACAGAAGUGUAUGGUUGAAGCUGUGUUGUAAUCUAUUCGAAUUUUCAUCCA